GGAAGAGCAACCAGAUGUUUGUGUGUAAACUGGACGACAAAGACGUGCCCGCGCUUCGUAUCGCGACGGAAAAGUUCCCGAGGCUCAUGGCUGAGGAGUGUGGGCGGGUGGCAGCAGCCGCUGCGGCAGCCACAGUGACGGGAAGAAGGCGAAAAAGCGCCGGAGAGACGGGGCUGGUGAGCCCCGAGGUGGCUGGAGACGAGGAUUCGUGCUCGUCGUCUGCCCCGCUCUCGCCCUCGUCUUCUCCCCGCUCGCUGGCCUCAGGCACGGGCGGCUGCGGGACCAACAAGUGCGUCUGCAACAGCUGCGGCCUGGAGAUCAUCGACAAGUACCUUCUCAAGGUAAAUGAUUUGUGCUGGCAUGUGCGGUGUCUCUCUUGCAGUGUAUGUAGAACUUCUUUAGGAAGGCACACCAGCUGCUAUAUCAAAGACAAAGACAUUUUCUGCAAACUAGACUAUUUCAGACGGUAUGGAACCCGUUGUUCUCGCUGUGGCAGGCACAUCCAUUCUACUGACUGGGUCCGAAGAGCUAAGGGAAAUGUGUAUCACUUGGCAUGCUUUGCCUGCUUCUCCUGCAAAAGACAGCUUUCCACAGGGGAAGAGUUUGCUUUGGUUGAAGAGAAAGUCCUCUGUAGGGUACAUUAUGACUGCAUGUUGGAUAAUCUGAAAAGAGAAGUUGAAAAUGGUAAUGGCAUUAGUGUAGAAGGUGCAUUAUUAACAGAACAAGAUAUUAAUCAUCCAAAACCAGCAAAAAGAGCUCGGACCAGUUUCACAGCAGAUCAGCUUCAGGUAAUGCAAGCACAGUUUGCUCAGGACAACAAUCCAGAUGCACAAACACUCCAAAAACUGGCAGAAAGAACAGGCUUGAGCAGGCGUGUGAUACAGGUAUGGUUUCAAAACUGCAGAGCACGCCACAAGAAACAUGUUAGCCCCAAUCAUUCAUCUACUACUCCUGUUACAACAGUCCAGCCUUCUAGGCUUUCUCCACCAAUGUUAGAAGAAAUGGCAUAUUCAGCAUAUGUACCCCAGGAUGGAACAAUGUUAACUGCUCUACAUAGUUAUAUGGAUGCUCAUUCACCUUCUGCUCUUGGACUCCAGCCUUUGCUACCCCAUUCCAUGACACAACUGCCGAUAAGUCACAGCUAAUUCAUUUAUUUCAGGGACAUGACACUAAAGAGGUACCCUUGAGUCGCCUAUUGUAUUCUGUAUUCAGUUUAAUCUUAAAUGACAUCCAUAGCAUUUUGAAGACAAUUUUGUUGCCCAGGUAUGUAAGUGUACUUGGCCUGCAAGACACUUUUAUGGAUUUCUCCAUAAAUAUGUUUACAAGACUUAUUAAAGAGAAACACCUUCUUUUGUACUGUCUGGAAGUAGUCCAUUCUAGUUACGUGUUUGUUUAAUUUAUUUAUCAUCAAAAGAGCACUUUGCUAAAAGGCAGGACUGACAAUUGUGCAAAAUGUUUACAAAUCUUUGUGAAAUUGUAGUUCAUCAUUAGUUUGUAUCUGUAAGUUAUUGUUAUUAAAGUAUUACUUGUAUUUGAGUUACAUACAGCCUAUACUUUGACGCUUAUGUCCAUGAGCUGGCAAACCGUCAGUUGCCAGUAUUCUCCAAAUGACCUAAAUAAAAUCUUCUGUUAUAGCAUG